GUUUGGCAGUUUGGAUGUGUGUCUGAAUCUGUCAAGUGUGUUUAUAAAAUUAAUAAUUUAUAAAUAUUAAUUAAUUGUUAAAUUAAUAUUAUUAAAAUACUUUUCUAGUAUUUUUUUUUCUGUCAAUUUAUUUAAUCAUCGUCGUUUAUAGAUCUAUAUUUUUUAUUAACAUUUACACCAUCAAGUUAUUGUUAUUUAAAAAGUGUCAAUUAUUAUUAUUGUUGAUUUUAUUAAUUAAUUAAUAAUAUAUUAUCAAUAUGCCUGUUUUUCAUACGAAAACUAUUGAAAGCAUUCUUGAGCCUGUAGCCCAGCAGGUAUCAAGGCUAGUUAUUCUUCAUGAAGAAGCUGAAGAUGGAAAUGCAAUGCCAGAUCUUGGACGGCCAGUCCAGGCAGUCAGUACUGCUGUUACAAAUUUGGUCAAGGUUGGUAAAGAAACAAUAAAUUCAUCAGAUGAUGCAUUACUUAAACAAGAUAUGCCAUCAGCACUUCAACGUGUUGAGGGUGCAUCACGUCUUCUUGAAGAAGCAUCUGGUCUUCUUAAACAAGAUCCAUAUUCUGGACCAGCACGUAAAAAAUUAAUAGAAGGUUCACGUGGUAUCCUACAAGGAACAAGUUCAUUAUUAUUAUGUUUUGAUGAAAGUGAAGUACGUAAAAUAAUACGUGAAUGUAAACGUGUAUUAGAUUAUCUUGCUGUUACUGAAGUCAUUGAAACAAUGGAAGAUCUUGUACAUUUUUUAAAAAAUUUAAGUCCAUGUUUAAGUAAAGUAUCACGUGAAAUAAGUGCUAGAGAAAAAGAAUUAACUCAUCAAGUACAUAGAGAAAUAUUAGUACGUUGUUUAGAACAAAUUAAAACAUUAGCACCAAUACUUAUUUGUUCAAUGAAAAUAUUUAUUCAUAUUAUAUCACAAGGUGGUAAAGGUGCUGAUGAAGCUGCUGAAAAUCGUAAUUAUUUAUCUGGUAGAAUGUCUGAUGAAUUAAAUGAAAUAAUACGUGUAUUACAAUUAACAACAUAUGAUGAAGAAGAAUGGGAUGCUGAUCAAUUAACUGUAUUAAAAAAAGCACAAAGUGCUAUUGAAUCACGUGUUAGAGCAGCACAUGAUUGGCUUGAUGAUGGUAGAGCAAUGAGAGGUGGUGUUGGUGAAAAAAGUUUACGUCAAAUUAUUGAACAAACAGAUAAACUUGCUGAACGUUAUUUACCACCAACACAAGCUGAUCCACUUGCUAAAUUAUCAUCACAAAUAUCAACAAUGACUGAUGCACUUUGUGAAUUACGUCAAGAUGGAAAAGGAACAACACCACAAGCUGAAUCAUUAGCACGUGGAAUUAAAGAUAAAUUAAAUGAUUUAAGAACAUCUGUUGCAUCAGCACUUGUUGCUGCUGAUAAAUCUGGUAUAGCUCAAACUGCUCAUACUGUUACUGGACGUCUUGAACAAGCUAAUAAAUGGCUAUUAAAUCCUCAACAUGAUGACAGAGGUCUUGGACAACGUGCUAUUGCUAUGAUUAUUCAUGAAGGAAAAAAAGUUGCUGAUGGUUUACCUGGUAUUCAUAAAGCUGAAAUACUUCAAUUAUGUGAUGAAGUUGAUAAUUUAUCUCAUCAAUUGGCAAAUUUAUGUGGACAUGGUCAAGGAAAUACACCAAGAGCACAAGAAAUUGCACGUCAAUUAUCACAAAAAUUAUAUGAACUUAAAAAUCGUAUACAACAAGCUGUUGUAUCACGUGUUGUUGAAGAUUUUAUUGAUAUAACAACACCAUUAAAACAAUUUACUGAAGCUGUAUUAACUGUUGAAGGUACACCUGGUCGUGAACAAAAUUUUAAUGAUAAAACACUUUGUUUACAAAAUUUUUCAAAUCGUGCUGCUAAAACAGCACGUAUGGUUGCUGCUGGUGGUAGUGGUGGUAAUAAAAAACUUGCUGAAGCAUUAUUAAAUAGUGCAUCACAAGUUGAAUCAUUAACACCACAAUUAAUAAAUGCUGGUAGAAUACGUAUGAGUUAUCCACAAAGUGUUGCUGCUGAUGAACAUUUUGAAAAUUUACGUCAACAAUAUGCUGAAACAAUGCAACGUACACGUGCAUUAUGUGAUGAAGCAACAGAUAGUGCUGAUUUUGUUAGAACAUCAGAAGAACAAAUGCAAAAACAUACAUUUUUAUGUGAAGAUUCAAUUGCAAAACAACAACCACAAAAAAUGGUUGAUAAUACAGCAUCAAUUGCUAGACUUGCUAAUCGUGUUAUACUUGUUGCUAAACAAGAAAGUGAUAAUAGUGAAGAUUUACCAUUUAUACAAAGAGUUAAUCAAGCAUCAGAUAUAUUACAACGUAGUGUUGCACCAAUGGUACAAGAUGCUAAACGUGUUGCUAUUAAUAUCAAUGAUCCACCAUCAAUUUCACACUGGAGAGAAAGUAAUCGUGCUCUUUUAAAUAGUGUUGGACAAGUUCGUAGAGCUCUUCAUCCAGAUCAACGAACAUCACCAGAUUUAUCACAGCUACGAAUUAAUGAUGUGGAAAAAGUGCCAUCACCUCGUCAUACUUAUUUUGCUGAUAAAGAAUUGGCACCACCAAGACCACCAUUACCAGGUGGUACAGUUGCACCACCAAGACCACCACCACCAGAAACAGAUGACGAGGAUGAUUUAUUUAUGCAUGUACCACUUCCAAAUCAACCAAUCAUGAUGGCUGCUCAUGGUCUUCAUCAAGAAGUUCGUCAGUGGUCCAGUAAAGAUAAUGACAUUAUUGCUGCAGCUAAAAAAAUGGCAAUACUCAUGGCAAGAUUAUCUGGACUUGUUAGAGGUGAAGGAGGAAAUAAACGUGAUUUAAUUGCAUGUGCUAAAGCUAUUGCUGAAGCAUCACAAGAAGUAACACGUCUUGCUAAAGAACUUGCACGUGAAUGUACAGAUAAACGUAUUCGAACGAAUUUAUUACAAGUUUGUGAAAGAAUUCCAACAAUUGGUACACAGUUGAAAAUUUUAUCAACAGUUAAAGCAACUAUGCUUGGUGCACAAGGUACUGAGGAAGAUCAAGAAGCAACUGACAUGCUUGUUGGUAAUGCACAAAAUUUAAUGCAAAGUGUUAAAGAAACAGUUCGUGCUGCUGAAUGUGCAAGUAUUAAAAUACGUACUGCAUCUGGAAUGAAAUUGAGAUGGGUACGACGUCAACCAUGGUAUCAAUAUUAAAGUUAAUUAUUAUUAAUCAUUGUAAAUGACAUAAUCAAUGUGAAGAUUUUAUAUCUGCUCAUCAACAUUUUCUAAAAGCUUUCAUUUGUCUUUUUAUAUUUGAAAAUAUAUUUGAAUUAUUUUAGAUUAUGUUGACAUUGAUUGUCACUGAUUAUUAACACGAAUUAAUAUAAAUUUAUAUAUGUAUAUUUAAAGUAAUUAAACUACGUUAAUCAUUGUGUAAAUUUUUAACUAAAAAAACAUUUUUAACAAUUUUUUAAAUGACGAUUAUACUGCGUUAGAUAUUAUUAAACAAUAAAAAUUGGCCUUCAAUAUUAUAGACUGGUUAUUAAUUUACAUUUUUAAUAUAUAAAAUUUGAGAUAUUGUAAAAUCUUUUUGGACAAUCAAUUCAUUAUUUUUAUUAUAAAUUUUUAACAGAAAAUAGAAACACCAUAAAUAGUAUUUUUAAUAAUAAUUUUUGUCAAUGAAAAAUUAUUGACUUUAAUAAUUUAUUAUUUUAUAAAUUGUAAAUCUUCCAACGGUGCUAAAAAAAUUAUAAAAUAAUAGCAGUGCAAUAUGUAUAAAAUACUGGGAGUAAAAUAAUACAUUUGUUUUUGUUUAUAAAUUAAAUUUUUUGCCAAUUUAAUUGUAUGUAUUAAUCAAUGUUUUUUAGUUGAUAACACUGUAUUAAACCUUUCAAAUAAUAAAAUAAGUUCUAAUUAAAAUA